GCUCGUCGUGGUCGCACGCAUUCGACGGAUGUGUAACGCAAAACAAAACAAGGCAAAGUGUGGAAAGCAAAAAAACAUAAAUUGAAUAAAUUGCAGUGAGUUCUUGCGUUCCUAUUUUUCACCCCCUCCCCUCUCUAACAGUGACUAAAACUACUAUAAAUUAUAAAACGCUUUAACAAUGCAUUGAUAUGCAUAUUGAUUGUGCUGUGUCUGAAACAAAACAAAUCAAAACUGCAGAUGGAGAAAUACUUAGGUGGUGUGUGCAAAUCGAAUGUAUACAUACACACAAGUGAAAUUCGAGUACGAUUUAAUGUGAAGCAAACCAGUUUACCAGUGAGCAGUUAGCACAGUUCAUAUCUCGAGCAAAGAUAACAAAUACAAAGACACACACAUACGCGUAAAUAUGUAUGUCAAACAAAUUGACAGAGUAGACGCCAACUAAUUGAGUACGAAAACGAGUUGUCCCUAUUUCAACGAACGGUAACUGAAACCCAUAACGACAACAAUAACAACAAUCAAUAGUGAUUGUAAUUACAACAGAGAACACAACCUGAGGCGUGCGCUGAAGUCGAUGUGAUGCCUACGCGACGGUCGGGCGGCGCCACGGUGCGACGCAAGCACUCAAUUGGAAAUUUGCGUCGCGCUCAUCCCGCCUCGGGCGCCACAUGGAAUGUGCAAGUGGUACGCGGUAAAAUGUCAUCUAAGUGCCUUUGGCAUGCAUGUCGCGCACUAGUGCUGGGCCUGACGUUGAUGCUGCUCGGCGCCGGAAUGGCUACGAUAGGUUAUUAUGCGGAUCAUCUUUCCACGAACUCUGAGCUGCGUGGCAAUGCGACGGUGCGCGUUAAGAAUGACCUGAAGGGCUUCCAUCUCAACAAUCUCUCUUACGUCGGGCCGAUUGUAAUGGGAUUCGGUGGUUUCAUAGUCGUGGCUUCGUGUGUUAUGACAUUUGAGGCACGUGACUCGGCUGCGAAAGUGGUGCCAGCGCGCUUUCGUGCCGGUGCGGGUGGUAGCAAGACGACGGUGCGCAGUAAUCAGAGCAGCGCCACCUCACAGCGACGCGCCAUUGGCAUACAACUGCAGUCCUCGCGUUGGGAUCAGCAGUUUGGUGUAUUCCGCACGUCGCCAGCUGAGCCGCCACCGCAGACCACACCGCAACCCUUCGACCGUGACGCGCUCACCGCUGAACUUGUUAAAUUUUCAAAAUCUCUCAGCGCAUCCGCUCGCUUUUCUCCACAACUGCGACGCCUCACCCACACUGGUUCUGUGCCAAAUCUCUCCACACAUGUCCCCCAUCCCAUCGCUUACUCCACUAACCUCUCACAUUUGCUUUCGCCGAAUCACAAACCACUUUUGUUGUUGGAACAAAAACGUCACCAUCGCCAUCAUCAUCGGCACCACCACCACCAUCGCCAAACAACCACGAGCAGCAGUGGGCGACAAGUGAAGUCUCGUAGUCCACGCAUCAGCAACAGUUUGGUGCAACGCAACACUCGUGAAAAUGGUGGUCCUUGUUCGUUGCUUCAGCCGCCAGCCACAAACAAGCUCUACUGGCAUGCGGCCUCUUUCGACGAUGGUCUACGUGGGGAGAAGCAUCUUUCAAGAGCCACAGUGGCUGACAUGUCACGCCGCUCCGAUACGGCCAAGCGUCAUGUGCUGGCACGACAAAAGCCGAUCGAGCACGAAGAGGACAAAAGCAGCCCGUUAGGUAAUCGCAGAAGCUCUACAAUGUCGGACUCAUCGUACAGUGGCCGCUGGACGGCACGCUGCGCUUCGAUGGCAAGUCGCGCAUCAAGCAUCGAUUCGAGACGCAUACAAGUAGAUAUGCACAGCCCCGAAGUAAUGCCGAAAUCCAUACUGCGUUCACCGAAGCGCUACAGUUCGGGGCCAUCCGCCACUCCAUCGGUAGAAAAAGAGUUCAGAAGCCAACUAAGCGUUUGCUCCGAACCACCCGCACCCAUACACCAACUUUCCGGUCAAUCGAGCUUGGAACCUUGUUUCCCCGAAGAACACAUAGAUAACACGGAUGAAAAGUCAUGCACCAGCAUUAGUGGAGUCGCAUUAUCACCGGACGCGCUAAACGUGGCUAUUCAAACUAUAUCCAUGACAACCGCGAGCCAUGUAGAAGAGUUGCCACCACCACCCAAGAAAUUAAAUAGUAUUCUGAAGAAAGCACGUCCCGACACACUUUGCCUCGCCAACAACACAAAGCCCGCCGUAGUGAGUGAGAUCAACAAAUCUCUCUGCCGCAGCAACUCCUCGCGCACUUUCUACAGACCCAAACAACAACUGCCCAACGAACUGGACGACAGCAUCUUCUACAUACGUUCUUCUAGCGAACGACAAAGCAUCGACAGUAACGAUCUCUACGAUUCAGUGCAGGUAAUAAAUGAAAGGCGUACAACGUUGCUGAGAGCAGAGAGUGAAGCUGCGCUUUGUAAUGUGCAGAAAACGAGCAGUUUCUCAAUGCUGGCAGAGAUUCCAGAGCGUGCGCAAAACAAUUCCAUUGAUGUGGAAGAAAGUACACCCAGCGAGGCGACGAACAAACCCGAGCACAACAAUGAGACCACCGUAGAAAUCGAAAGUGAGCCAGUAGUACCACCGAUCACCACAAAUCAGAGCGCGUAAUGGAGUGAAGCAAGUGCUAAAUAAAUCAAAUACUGACUGAAGUGUCAGCGUUCUAGCGUUCAGGAAACUUUAGAAGUUUUGUAGAAACCUCUAGGAAAUAGUAUAUUUUAUACCAAAAGCACAGACAACAUAUUUUGUAGACAAAUAUUUCGGUACUAGUAUAUGUAUGUAGUUAUGUUCAUAGGCGUGUAAGCAGUUAGAACAGUUCGUAUUAUAUAAUUAGUGAAUUUCUGGGGCAAGUUUUUGAGAGCAACUGUAAAUUACACGAUCUACAAAGUGGAGUAUAGAACUUGAAACUAAUUUUUGAUAGGUAAUUUGCUCAAACCGGAUAUUAUAAAUAUUAAUUUGACUUUUGUUAUAAAAAAUAUUUUUUUUUUUAACUUCCAAAUAGAGUUAGUAAUUAUGAUAGCGCUCUCUUCUCCACUAAAUACUCAAUUAAUGAGAGUGUCAAGCAAUAAACACUAGAUCUACGAAAAUGUUACGAAACAAUUAUUUACAGCUGUUGUUGUUAUUUAAAAUAUUGUUGUUGUUAAAUGGAUGUCUUAUGCAUAGUUAAGUUAGCAAAUACUAUUAGGGGUUUCAGUAACGAAACAAUAAAAGAUAACUAUCUAUAACUUAGGAAUCGUAGUGUAAACUCACAAAAUAGGAGAGUCGCAAGAGGUCUUGCAAUUUGUUGAAACGAAGUUUUCUACGAAAGUCAUUUAUUUAGAAGUUUUAUUUUCGAAAGCAGAAAUCGCUUUGACGAUCUCAAACAGUUAUUGGUUUGAUGUAUGGUUUCUCUGGAAGAAAACAUUAAUUUCAUAUCAAGAAUUGUCGAAUAAAAUUAUGAAUUGUGAAGUCAAUAAAAAUUAUUCAAAUCUAUAUAUCUGUCUUAAAGGAGCUUCCACAAAAUACAAAAUAUCAAAUAUCUAUAAUUAUAUAAUCUAAUGUGUUCUAGUAUCUAGUAGUAUCUAAAGUACAGGGUCUACAUAUCUUUUUGUGAUUAAAAAAUAAUUUCCGUCAAUUUGCGAAGACAACUAAAACAAAUGAAACGAAUCUAUCAACUAUGGUGUGUUAUUUUUAAACGAAUUUUCAAAUUAUUAAAACACUGU